AUGUCUACAAAAUCAUCAUCAGUUUCAUCUGAUAUCAACAGAACCGUUUCGGUAGCACCAUUGGUGUUAUUGUCUGUUGUUGAUCAUUACAAUCGUACCGUCAAAAGUACUAAGAAGAGAUGUGUUGGUAUAAUCUUGGGUGAAAACAAUGCAAACUCAGAAUACAUAAGAGUUACCAACUCCUUCGCGGUACCAUUUGAAGAAGAUGACAAGAACUCGAAUGUUUUCUUCCUUGAUCACAAUUACAUUGACACAAUGAGUGAGAUGUUCAAGAAAAUCAAUGCUAAAGAAAGGGUUAUUGGGUGGUACCACUCUGGUCCAAAAUUAAAGUCCAGCGAUUUGCAAAUAAAUGAACUUUUCAAAAAAUACCAUUCAGAUCCGGUUUUAUUGGUGAUCAAUGUUAAUCAGGACGACAAAUCUAGUGGUUUACCAACCGAUGCUUAUUUGUCUGUUCAAGAGGUGAAGGAAGAUGGUACCGAAACAGAAAAGACUUUUGUUCAUAUACCAAGCACCAUCGAAGCCGAAGAGCCAGAAGAAAUUGGGGUCGAACAUUUGUUGAGAGAAAUAAGAGAUCAAGCCCAAGGGUUAUUGAGCGUCAAAAUUGCCAACCAAUUGAAGAGUUUGAGAGGUUUAGACGACCGUUUGAAGAAUAUCAUUGGGUACUUGACUAAGGUGUUGGACAAUCAAUUGCCGAUCAACCACUUGAUCUUGGGUAAAUUACAAAAUGUUUUCAACUUGUUGCCAAACUUGAUUAGUGCUAGUGAUUUGGAAGCGGUAGUGCGUCAAAAGCGUGAAGAUGGAGAUGUGACCAUGGAAAAUACCGAAUCGCCGGCUGCUAAGUUUGAAAUGAGAGACCCAGAAGGCAAUUUACAAGUCACCGAGUUUUCAGACUUGAACAAGGCAUUACAGAUCAAAACCAACGAUAACUUAAUGAUCAUCUACAUAAGUUCUUUAAUCAAUUCUAUAAUCUCCUUCCAUGAUUUGAUUGAAAACAAGAUUGAAAAUAAGAACCGAAUUUUGAAGAAUAGCGGAAAAGGUUCAGAUAUUGAAGCCGAUGAUGACAAGAAAGAAGAGAAAGCUAGUAAUGACAAGGAGUCUGAAAAGAAGGUAUCAAAGAAAUAA